ACACGCUGAACGCGGAUGUGAAUUACACAGAAUCAAAUGAACCAGAAGAUCCGGAUCCGAACGGAGAAAUAUCCGCGUUUAUCCUCGCAGAAUAAACCGAGCACGCGUGUGUGAAGGAUGCGAGAAGCAGAUAUUGUGUCCGGGGACGUCAAAUCCACCGAGCGAGAUGCUGAGGAGGUUCUGGAGAGCGGUCUGCUUCUGGACGAGUCCUGCUCCGGAAUACUGUACGCUGGACACACGGAGGAGUGGAGCGUCGAGCCGCGCUCUAGUUUGAAUGACAGUGAAUCUGAGGAGGUUCUGAACGCCAUAAACCCGAACGAGAUGUACACGUCAGCGGUGUGUGAGAGCGACAGCGGUCUGUCUGAAGAUCAGUCCUCAGACGGAGCCCACGAGCAGAACCCUGGUAACACUGUCUAUCAGGUGGUGUAUGACAUCAGCAGUGUGGGCGGAGUCUCGGAGCAGCAGACGCCACACAUGGACGUGAUCUCCAUCGAGCUGGACGAGUGGAGCUCUCAGAUGCUGCUGGAGGACUCGUGUGUGGUCAACGAGCUGGUGUCUUCUGUCAGAAUGGAGAACGUUUCUGCUCACGACGUGCAAAGCUUUCAGAACCCCAAUGGUUUUCUGGUUUAUCCUGAACUCCAGCUCACAGAGGAGGAGCAGAAGCUGCUGGAUCAGGAGGGAGUCUCACUGCCCAAUAACCUGCCCUUAACUAAGACUGAGGAGAGAAUCCUGAAGAAAGUGAGACGGAAGAUCCGGAAUAAACUCUCGGCUCAGGACAGUCGCAGGAGGAAGAAGGAGUAUAUUGACGGUCUGGAGAGCAGGGUGGUGACGUGUUCAGCUCAGAAUAAAGAGCUGCAGAGAACUGUGGAGCAGCUGGAGAAGCACAACAUGUCUCUUAUGGCUCAGCUGCACAGACUGCAGGCUUUGAUCAAGCAGACGGCCACCAAAGCGGCUCAGACGAGCACGUGCAUCAUGAUCCUCAUCUUCUCUCUGGCUCUGCUCAUCCUCCCCAGUUACAGUCCGUUCAGCCGCUCGCCGUCUGUGGAGGACAGUUACGCUCCGGCCGCCGUGGUUUCCAGAAACAUCCUGAACGAGGUGGACUCUCUUCCGCUGCUGGAGGAUCCUGUAGAAGAUGAUCCGAUGUCUCCAGAGCCUCCGUCUCCUCCGUCCGAGCUCAGUCCUGCAGACGCAGACGCAGACGCACCGCAGCAGACAGAGGACCAGAGGAACGGCUCGGACGCCACUGAAGCAAACACAGCCGUGCUGUCUGUGAGUCUAACGGCUCGGGCGGCUGCAGGAAACACAGACGCAGCCAAACCGCCGCACGCUGAUGAAAUGUGAAGCAACUCGAGCUGCUCAGGUGUGGCACGUCGUCUGAAACCAACCCUAGAGAGUAUCUCUGACAUGCCUUUAUUUAUUCUCUCUGAACACACACACACACACACACACACAGGUGUGUCUGCCGCGCUCUUCUUCAUCAGAUGAUAAUCAUUAUGAGCUUUAGUGUGAGGCACAACCCAACAAUAAUCAUAUCAA